AUGGCUGGUGGGGGCAAGCAGGGCGGCAAGGCGCGCGCCAAGGCCAAGACGCGCUCGUCGCGGGCGGGUCUGCAGUUCCUGGUGGGCCGCGUGCACCGCCUGCUCCGCAAGGGCAACUACUCGGAGCGCGUCGGGGCCGGCGCGCCCGUGUACCUGGCUGCCGUGCUCGAGUACCUGACGGCCGAGAUCCUGGAGCUGGCGGGCAACGCGGCACGCGACAACAAGAAGACGCGCAUCAUCCCGCGCCACCUGCAGCUGGCCAUCCGCAACGACGAGGAGCUCAACAAGCUGCUGGGCCGCGUCACCAUCGCGCAGGGCGGCGUGCUGCCCAACAUCCAGGCCGUGCUGCUGCCCAAGAAGACCGAGAGCCACCCUUAUAAAGUCCAGUCCAAGGAAUACCUCAGAAGCAGUGGGAAGAAGCAAGAAGGCCAGGCGGAGAGUAGAUGCACCGUGUUUCCUCCGGGGCUGGCAAGCGGCGAGCCCGUUGCGGGGGGGGAAGGUGGACUCACGAGCUGGCCGACCUGGGAGCUGCGAGCCCAGCGCUGGGCAGGGCAGGCAGCCAGUCCAUCAUCCAGGAACACCACGGGCCACCACCACAGAGAAGUUGUGAAUAAGGCUCUGGAGCUGCUGAGGAAGGUCUCCUGGCUCUCAGAAAAGAUUGAAAAGUGA